AUGCUCGCUCCCUGCACGUACACGGCGGUCACGCUAUUCCUGAGGGCUGGUGGCCAUCCGAAGACGACCAAGUACUCUACCUCAUUCAGACGGAUGAAGGUGUCGCACCGGGGAAUUUGCCUACUGAUAUGGUGCCACAAGGACCUCCUGAUCGUCGACAUCCUCGUCAUCGUCGACGGCUUCGUGUACCACGUCCACCUCCCGUGCUGCUCCCACUUGGAACACUGGGUGACUUGGUGGAGGCUGUUCCGCAUGGUUCGAAUCCCUCCCCGAUGGAUCGUGGAGUACCUCUUGGAGAAGUUAGUCUAG